CACCUCCAAGCUCUCACCAUGAACAGACAAGUCUGCAAGAAAUCCUUCAGCAGCGGGAGCCAGGGCUUCUCCGGCCGCUCUGCCGUGGUCUCCGGCGGCAGCAGGAUGAGCUGUGUGGCCCGCUCGGGGGGAGCCGGCGGAGGGGCCUGUGGGUUCCAGAGUGGGGCAGGGGGCCUUGGCAGUCGCAGCCUCUACAACCUGGGUGGUAACAGGAGCAUCUCCAUCAGCGUGGCUGGUGGUUCUCGGACUGGUGGCUUUGGGGGAGGGCGUAGCAGCUGUGGCAGUGGCUUUGGUGGUGGCAGGGGAAUGGGAGGUGGCUUUGGUGGAGCUGGUGGCUUUGGAGGAGCUGGUGGUUUUGGUGGAAUUGGUGGCUUUGGUGGAGCUGGUGGCUUUGGAGGAGCCGGUGGCUUUGGAGGAGCUGGUGGUUUUGGUGGAAUUGGUGGCUUUGGUGGGCCUGGUGGCAUUGGCCCUGGUGGCUUCCCUGGGGGAAUCCAGGAAGUGACUGUCAACCAGAGCCUCCUGCAACCCCUCAAUGUGGAGAUCGACCCUCAGAUUGGGCAAGUCAAGACCCAGGAGCGGGAGCAGAUCAAGACCCUCAACAACAAAUUCGCCUCCUUUAUCGACAAGGUGCGGUUCCUGGAGCAGCAGAACCAGGUCCUGGACACCAAAUGGAAUCUGCUCCAGCAGCAGACCACGGGCUCCGGCUCGGGCCCCCACAACCUGGAGCCUUUCUUCGAAUCCUACAUCAGCUUCCUGCGCAGGCAGCUGGAUUUGGCUCUGGGGGAGAAGGGGAGCCUGGAAGGAGAGCUAAAGAACAUGCAGGGCCUGGUGGAAGACUUCAAAAAGAAGUACGAAGAUGAGAUCAACAAACGCGCUGCGGCAGAGAAUGAGUUUGUGGGCCUCAAGAAGGACGUGGAUGCGACCUACAUGAACAAGGCAGAGCUGCAGGCCAAGGCGGACAGCCUGACCGAUGAGCUCAACUUCCUGAGGACCCUCUAUGAGAUGGAGCUGUCCCAGAUGCAGAGUCACGUGAGUGACACGUCUGUGGUCCUGUCCAUGGACAACAAUCGCUGCCUGGACCUGGACAGCAUCAUCGCUGAGGUCAAGGCCCAGUAUGAGGACAUCGCCCAGAGGAGCAAGGCUGAAGCUGAGUCCCUGUACCAGACCAAGCUUGGAGAGCUGCAGACCACUGCUGGCAGGCACGGGGACGACCUGAAGAGCACCAAGAGCGAGAUCAUGGAGCUCAACAGGAUGAUCCAGAGGCUGCGGGCCGAGAUUGAGAACGUCAAGAAGCAGAAUGCCAAUCUUCAGUCAGCCGUUGCCGAAGCUGAGCAGCGUGGGGAGAUGGCCCUCACAGAUGCCAAUGCCAAGCUCGAAGGCUUAAAGGCUGCCUUACAGAAGGCCAAGGAUGAUCUGGCCCGGCUGCUGCGUGACUACCAGGAGCUGAUGAAUGUCAAGCUGGCGCUGGACGUGGAGAUCGCCACCUACUGCAAGCUGCUGGAGGGCGAGGAGUGCAGGAUGUCUGGAGAGUGUCAGAGUGCUGUGAGCAUUUCGGUGGUCAGCAACGUCACCAGCACAGGCAGCAGCUCUGGUGGAAGCCGUGGAGGCUUUGGAGGGGUCAGUGGCGGCAGCAGCAGUGGGCAGAGAGGAGUAAGCGAUGGCAACAGCAGUGGCUAUGGUGGUGUCAGCAGCGGCACGGGGAGCUACCAGAGUGCCAGCACCAGGGGCUACCAGAGCGGCGGCACCAGGGGCUACCAGAGCGGCGGCACUGGCAGCAGGCCCAGCAAUGGAGGCAGCAGCUCUGUGAGCCAGAGUGGAAUUGGUUCUGGCUCCGGUGGCAUCCAGUCCUCUGGAGGCAGUGGCUACAAAUCUGGCAGUGGAGGCAGCACCAGUAUCCGCUUCUCCCAGACCCCCACCUCUAGCCAGCACAGCUCCAAGUGAUCCUCCAGGGCCAAAUCUCCAUGCCCACCUGCUUCCUUCUCAGCCUGCAACCGCACUUCCACUCUCUGCUUAGCAUCAACAGACGCCGACCUCAACCUUACUUUUCUUCA